CCUUCUACUUCUUUCAUGCAGUAUCAACAGAGUGAUCCUGUUACCCUCUGGGUAAAUAAAGUAGGGCCAUACAAUAAUCCACAAGAAACAUAUAAUUAUUACAGUCUUCCAUUUUGUCAUCCAGAUGGUCAUGCUGCUCACAAGUGGGGCGGCCUUGGUGAAGUUCUGGGUGGAAAUGAGCUUAUUGAUAGCCUGAUUGACAUAAAAUUCCAAAAACCUGUGGACAGGGCUACAAUUUGUGAGCUUGAACUUGAUGAAGCGAAGGUCCAACAGUUCAAGGAUGCUAUUGAAAAUAAUUAUUGGUUUGAAUUUUUCAUGGGUCAUAAAUGGGUUAAAGACAUUGAAGAUUGGGAUUCUAUUCAAAGAUUUCACCACUGCGCUUUAAGACUACAACUUGUUUCUUACUCCCCCAUGUCAAAAGAUUUCCACCAUGAGAAAAUACCUGAGUUCGAGGUCGAAACCAAUAGGGAAAGCCGUGCUGGUUUGCAUCUCAAAAUUCCUACUUCUUACAGUAAAUCAAACCAGACCUAUGGGGGGAUUGUUUUAGGCCAUAAAAGUAAGUUCCUCAACUUGCUUAGCCUUAUUGCUUCCAUGAUUUCUUUGAAACUGUUCUGCCUUCAUAGUAGUAUAGAUCCAUUACUCUCUAGCACUGCCAAAACCUCUUCCAGAAUCCAAAUAUUAGCUUUCACAGUGAGUAGAACAGAAUUUAGUAAUGCAGUUGGAAAUGAUGAGGAGCCAUCAGUAGUUCUCACUUUUGAUUACCCAUACAUGGAUCACACAAAGAGAAUAAGUUGGAGAAUCUGGUUAUGGUGUGAAGCUCCCAAGUCAAUGACCCAGGAAGUUUUUUUUAAUUUGGGGUGUAGUGGUAUUAUGGCUGCAUACGUCUUUGACUGUUCUGGGUUAUUCUGGAAUGUCUCUUCUCCACUUAACUCUGUGAUGAAGCAUAAGUAUUUUGAAAAGAAAAAGAAUAUGUGGCAGCAUGCAUGCCUGUUUUGUUGGACUCUCUUCUUUUUGUUGUCUGUUCUUCAACUCUAUUUUGAGCUGCGCAUUGGGUUUAUGUACAAUGUUCAGCUAACUUUAACUUCCAUCCUAGUUGCAGGUAAAAAUUGGAUUAAAUCAAUGAUCCUCACAGCUUCACUUUUCCCUUUUCUAUGCUUCAUGAUUGGUUUCAUUUUGAACACGAUCGCAAUCUUUUAUGGGUCUCUGGCAGCCAUUCCCUUUGGCACAAUGGUCGUCGUGUUUGUCAUCUGGGCCUUUAUCUCUUUCCCUCUGGCACUUCUUGGUACAGUAGUUGGAAGAAACUGGAGUGGCGCUCCAAACAAUCCAUGCCGCGUGAAGACGAUUCCCCGGCCAAUUCCCGAGAAGAAGUGGUACCUAACACCAUCUGUAGUCUCCUUGAUGGGAGGAUUGCUGCCCUUUGGCAGCAUAUUCAUUGAGAUGUAUUUCGUAUUCACUUCCUUCUGGAAUUACAAGGUGUACUAUGUCUAUGGCUUUAUGCUUCUGGUUUUCGUGAUUCUUGUCAUCGUUACCAUGUGCGUCACAAUUGUGGGAACGUACUUCCUGCUAAAUGCUGAGAAUUAUAACUGGCAGUGGACUUCCUUCUUCUCGGCAUUCUCAACGGCCUUCUAUGUGUACUUGUACUCAGUAUAUUACUACCAUGUGAAGACAAAGAUGUCAGGGUUCUUCCAGACUAGCUUCUACUUUGGAUAUACAUUGAUGUUUUGUCUUGGUCUAGGAAUCCUCUGCGGUGCUGUUGGUUACUUGGGCUCUAAUUUGUUUGUAAGGAGGAUUUACAGAAACAUCAAAUGUGACUAGUUUUUUUUAUCAAGGAGAGAGAAAUCAACUUAGCAACUACAUGUUCUACAUCUUCGGGAAUGGAUAAAAGAAACCUUGAAGUUUCUGUUUUGGAUUCCAGGCAAUGAUUACAAUAGAUAAUCACUUGAUUGUGGGAGGCCCUGAAAAUUUUCCUUGUACUCUGGGUUGUAAAACAACGCCUAGUUACGUAAUUUAGAAUACCCUGAUUGUUUUUGUUGUUCAAAAAUCUUGCUCGAUAUUAGCCGUAGCUGUGAUAUAGCUAGUUUGAACAUAAUUUGCUGGCAGUGUCUUGAAUCCAUGGUUUUGUUGAUUUUGUUCUGUGAUAGUAGUAUGUCCGUCACUUUUUGAUUAGAGAAUUAUGUUGCUUUGACUUUGGUGAUGGCUAGUUUUCCUUUGAUGUGUUUACUCUAUAAAGGUCAAGGUUAUGUACAUGAUCGUAAUUUUGUUUUUUGUGUCAUUGGUUCUAUAGUUGAUGAAUUUGCUAAGCAGCUUCUCGUCUGCUAAAAAUGUAAUCACUUGGUGUUCUUUCUCGGAUUGUUUUAGUGAUUGUCAUUUGUUGAAAAUUCGAUGAUUUCGUGUUC